AUGUCUUACAACAACUUCUUCCUUCGAAUUAUCGGCGUCGGCGAGGCCAGAUUCGGCAUGAUCUGGUUCCUGCUGGCCGUUUUAAUGGGCUUCAUAGCAAAUAUCGUCGUACUUGUCAGCUGCGCUUCACCUGACACCCAGGCAGUCCAUCUCUUCAAAGUUGGAAGUGCAGAGCUUGUCAAUGCCACUGCCAACGUAACUGGCAUCUCCCCAAGCAAACUUCAGAUGGCUGAGCUCCCGGAAUAUUGGUACUGGGGAUUCUCAGGCGUGUGUAUCAAUGUUGAGACCAGAGGUCUGUUUGAAGAUACCAAGUCUGUGUCGUGCAAACCAGCCUUCCCACCAGUCUUCAGCGUCGAAGAGAUGAUUCAAUUCUCCAUCAAAGCUCACCUUCGCGGCAGUGCAACUGAGUCACUAAUCAAGAAGAAAAUGGCACCUUGGAAAAAUGCACUUGCAAAGAUCCAAGAUGACCUUGUUGAUCCAUCUCGGCCAAGGGAUCUCAUGAAAGGCGCAGCAGCAUUUUGCGUUAUCUCAACCAUCCUCUCCGCCGUCAUCAUGAUCCUCACAGUCUUUUACUUCACGCUCCUGCGCGGCAUUCUACAACGCUGGAUGCUUUACGCACUUGCUCUACUCGAUGCAUUACUUUUUGUUGGGGCUGGUGUCAUGGUUGGCUACGCCAUGCGUGAUGGUCCGCGAGGCAUUAUUGAACUUGCAGGUCUGCCUGAGUUUGACAUAUAUGGACCUGGUAAUGUCGCUUUUACCUUGGGUGCAUUGAUCAAGGAUAAGGUCAAGGUCAAGGUUGAGUACAUUCAUCGCUAUUUCCCUGCGCAAGACUGA